AUGGAGCAGAGCAAGAUUGAGCGCACAACAACCAUCUGGGAUCGAUCACCUCAAAAAUUCACCUACGCUAGCUGUAGGAAGACACGCAAGACCUCGAGCAGCUCGAUGGACGCGGACGACGCGGCUCCCGUCGCGAAUGGCGCGCCUGCAGCCGCACGAGCACCUCCCGCCCCUGUGUCAACUCCUACGCUGUCGGUGGCUAAAGAAGAGCCCGCGAAGCCCCGCAAUGGCGCUCCCAGUUCAAUGGGAGCCUUUCCCGCCGCUUCCGACGCCCCAGUGCCGCUCAAACCGAAACCAAAGCCCACAUUACGUACGCCACCUAGCAGACUACGUAGUGGAAGUGGUAGUGGCAGCAAUACAAGCUCAGGACGCGAGCGACGCGAGUCUGGCGGCCCUCGUCCCGCCAGUGCCAACAUGGGCAUCGUCGUGGGCACCCUCAGACGCAGAAACCGCGUGAAUCUUCGCACCAGCUCAUUGUCGGAUGAAGAAGCUAAUGACGUAGUGUCAGUACCGCCUCGUAGCACAGCGAUGCUGGCUCCGAGGCGCAGUAAGAAGCAGCCUAGUCUGCGCAACAUGGCGUCACUCGUACGCUCACAUCUACGGAGCUCCAAGAGCCUGGUAUCUACCUCCAGUGAGUCUACAGAUGUGGACGUAGACGCUGACGCAGAUACAGACAAGAAUCCAGGCCUGGAGCGCAGCAACUCGUCGUUCGCGGGCGUGGCACAGCAACUUGUGACCUCCAGACGUGCAGCCAGAGGCUUCCUGUCCAUGUGGACGAAGGAUUCCACCGAGACGAUGCACGUGUAUCGAGGUAUUCACAUGGAGAAGAAGAAAUUGGACCUUGUGAGUGUCGCGUCUGAGUAUAAGGAGAUCAAGCGUCGACAGUUCUACCAGGAACUGGUAGUCUACGUCGUUUUCUUGACGUUCCUCUUCUCGCUGCUCUCGUGGCUGCCAGUACAAGACAGUUUCCACCAAAACGACGUGGUGGGCGCUCUUACGUGUCGUGAAGAGGGCGAGUGUGAGAUCAAGACCUUCGCAGACAUCUACGACUUCGCCGGUAAGCUGCGAGACACCGUUUGUGAGCGUCAAGACGUUACAGCGCAAUGGGUACGCGUGGGUGGCGUAGGUUUCCGUCAAGUUCGAGUCAAGGAGCUACGCUGUCGAGUCUAUGAUGGCUGGGAGGCUCCGUGUUACCCGUUCUACAGUCCAGAAGCGGAGCAGAAGACGUCUAUACUAGGAGAAAACGGUACUGGUCGCGUGUACGAGUGGAGAGAUGGUCUAGGAGAUCUGUCACCGGAGAUGUACAGGUCUGCAAUCGACUGGCUGUUCUUCGGUCCUGUGCCAUCGUACGGCUCAGGUGGCUACGCUGUGGAUCUGUGCGAUCUGGAGGAUGUGGAGGAGCUGCAACGGGAUCAUUACCUCUCCGAACAUACCCGCGCUGCGGCAUUCAAGUUCAUUUUGCUGAACCCGAUCACUCGUGUGUUUACUAUUGGAAUGCACGUGAUCACAGUGGAUCCUUCGGGUCAUAUCGAUCACUUCGCUCAUAGUUCUCACGUUCGAGUGAUCGGCCACGAGAAACCAGAGCAGUUUACGAUCACUGACGACAGCGUGGAGGCACCUCCUAAGCCCAAGCUUCACCGCAGGAUCUUCGAUGCUCUUAGAGGCUCCAUGUCCUUAGUUCGUGAGGCUUUCGACGUGCGUGUACUGCUGUGGGUCGCGCUGGUCUUGUUCUUCAUCACUUAUUGUAUAGGAGAGGCCACGGAGAUGAGUACGAUGGGUGUGUCGACGUAUCUUGGCUCGGAUAUGUGGAAUCUGUUCGAGCUGAGCCACUUGGUAGUGCUGGCUGCGAUGCUGAGCUACAUGGUGCACUACUACAUGGCGUCCAGUAGCUUUGCACUGCAUUUAGCGGAACUGCGUGAAGGUCGAGGAGUGGAAGAACUGAGUCACACAAGCUCUCAAGAACUAUUGACUGGCUUCCAGCAGUUAUCCGACCUCGCGUCGCUGGGCUCUGCUAUCAGUUUACUCAAGGUGUUCAAGUUUUUACGUAUGAAUGCGACGCUGAACUUGCUCUGGCGUGUGUUGGGUAUGGCGAUGAGUGACCUCAUGGGCUUCCUGGUUAUCUUCAAUCUCAUCUUCCUGGGAUAUUCAGCGAUGGGUAGCUACGCCUUUGGCUUCGCUCUUGAAGAGUACUCGACCAUCAGCAAGUCGUACGGUACGUGUUUCCAGAUGCUGGCUGGAGAGAUGGACUACGGACGAUUGCAACAGGCGAACCCUCGCGUUGCUCCGCUGUUUAUCGGUACCUUUGUGGUGCUGGUUUUCCAGAUUUUAGUCAACAUGUUUGUUGCUAUAUUAUCCGAGUAUUAUGAAGUCGCCAAGAACGACGAGACAGCCAGUGGAGAAGACGUCGAGUACGAUGUACUCGCUCGAAUCCGCAGCUUUGUGAGCGCGUGUUCGCCCACGGUUGUUGUGCCAAAGGACCACGGAGUUAUUCGUCUUAUUCCAUGGCAACAAGUUCGUCUUAUAUCGACGAAUCUAGUCGACCAGGAGGAGACACGUCAACGUGUCAGGAAGCUGUUCCGUGGCGCAGUAUGGCGCGUCGUUGCGUUGCUACGUUUCGGUAUGAAAUUCGACCGUAGAAUCAAUUUUGGAGACCGCAAGACGCACGAUGGAAGCACGCACAAUGGCAAUGGGGGAUCUCCAGGUGGUAAGGAAGAUCGUGAGCUUGUGUCGCACAUCCGGUUGUCCGAGAACUUUGAUCACAAGACCAUCAAGGAGAUGAUUCCUAUCGGCAUCACGAUUCGACUUCAAGGAGACUCCAUUCUUGGCGACGGACUCGCGCUUAAGGUUGUUCAUCACGGUAAAUUGUCUGUGGAGUGUAUCGUUCUAGGCCCCAAUGAGGCAGAAGCCGGGUCGAAUGCACCUGGGAAGAUCAACGGCGGGUUGCAUGCCUUCGCUCCGCCACGCACGAUCUCGUCGUUAGGCUCGUUUGAGGACGAUUCCGACCUGGACGACGGUGCACCAAGAGAGCGUGUGCUAGAGCUGAUGGGUGGAGAGAAGCUGAGGAUCCCGAGGAGAAGACUGGCAGUGCAUUUGUGUCGUAUCAUGUUCCAGGAACUAAAGAAUGGGCUUCUACGUGCUACCAAGUUGUGGAACUACUCCAAGGACCACAUGGUGGACGACUAUCAUCUCGGCCUGCUCUUUGAUAGUGUCCGUGCUGAUGGGCGUACUAGUCUGCGUUUCGACGAGAUCUCUCGCAUGCUGGAUCUGUUCCUGCGUAAGGAUAAACGCAAGGCGAUGUGCUCUCAAGCCGAAGUACGACGUGAAGCUCUUCAAGUGAUGUAUCGCUUCCGUAAGUGUCUGAUUGACAUGCCGUCGCGUGAAAAGGAAGGCCACAACUACCGUCCGAAGCCUGUUGAUACGUCCAAGGUCGAACUGGGUCAUCUUGAACAUCUAGGCGAUGUGUUAGCACGCAAUUGUCACGAUAUGUGGGCGUUAGAGCGUCUCAAACAAGGCUGGCAGUAUGGUGAGGAACGAGAUGACAAGAAGAAGAGACACCCGAACUUGGUGCCGUACAAGUUACUCUCUGUGGAAGAACAGGCUUUCGACUACCGCUCGUCCAUCGAGACGAUAAAGACGAUCGUCUUUAUGAACUACGCCAUCACUCGUGCCAACCACCAGCGCUCGCACAGUGGCUCGUUCCAUGACUCUGUGUCUCGAUCGGCUUCUACGAUGUCAGAUAUCGCUGAUGGAAUGGGAGGGAGCAACAGUUCAUUGUUGAGUGGCGGCUCGGAGUCGACAAGUCCAAGAGCCAACGACGCCGCCGUUUUCGAGGAGUUAGGAACAGCUUCUCACCCUGGAACACCGGCACGGCCUGUACCUUCAUUAUUACGUGAAGCGAUGAGCUUUCGACGCAAUAGUCUGAUGGGCGAUUCUCCGUACUUCACGAGCUAUGGAGAGGGCGGUGUGGAGGUGUAUCGUCCUCUUCCUAUUGACACCACGACGGUCGAGUUGCCUCCGAGACUGUUGCGUCUUGUGGAUUUAUUGGCUGAGAACGCACACGAAGUCUGGGCUAAGGGACGAAUGGAUGAAGGCUGGACGUACGGUCCGCAGCGUGACGAUAGCACCAAGAAACAUCCGUGUCUGGUGCCCUAUGUGUUCCUCACGGAUGACGAAAAGGAGUACGAUAUCAACAUCGCUAAAGAGACCCUCAAGACGCUCAUCGCGAUGAAGUUUACAAUCCUCGACCGCUCCAGCAAAUAUUAA